AUGGCUCUUAUCAUGACCGCGGUAAAGGAGGGUGCGGUGGUUGCCAACCACGUACAAGUCACUUCUCUCGACAAGAAGGAUGGCAAGCUCAGCGGCGCGAAAGUCCGCGAUGUCCUUACCGGCAAGGAAUUCAACGUCUCUGCGAAGGGGAUCGUCAACGCGACAGGCCCCUUCUCCGACUCCUUGCUCACUAUGGACAACCCCGACCACAAGCCCAUCGUGCAGCCCUCCUCCGGAACCCACAUCACGCUCCCCAACUACUACUCUCCCCGCACAAUGGGCUUGCUUGACCCUGCUACCUCGGAUGGCACCACGGACACACCCGCGGAAGUUUCGACGGCGCCUCGGGCGCAGGAGGAGGAGAUCCGGUGGAUUCUCGAGGAGUGCAUGGUCCGGACUGCGCCCGCUCGUGCGCAAUCCCAACGCGGCGAGCACGAGGGCCUUGUCCGCAAUCACAUGAUCCACGUCAGCGAGAGCGGCCUCCUUACCAUCGCGGGCGGGAAGUGGACGACCUACCGCGCGAUGGCGGAGGAGACGGUAGACAAGGCCAUUGAGGUGUUCAACCUCAAGGACCGGACCAAGCGUGGGUGCGUCACGGAGCACCUGCGGCUGAUCGGCAGCGAUGGCUGGAGCCGGAACAUGUUCAUUGGGCUCGUGCAGAGGUACGGCCUCGAAACCGAGGUCGCCAAACACCUCUCGGACAACUACGGCGACUGUGCCUGGACCCUGCUCUCGCUCGCUCAACCCACGGGUAAGGCGUGGCCUCUUCACGGCAUCCGCCUCUACCCAACCUACCCCUUCAUCGAGGCAGAAGUCCGCUACGCCUGCCGGUACGAGUACGCCGAGACGGCGAUCGACGUCAUCGCCCGCCGCUGCCGCCUCUCCUUCCUCAACGCCCAAGCCGCGCUCGACGCCCUCCCGCGCGUCGUCGAGAUCAUGGCCGAGGAGCGCCGCUGGCCGCGCGCGCGCGUCCAGGCCGAGCUCGCCGCCGCGACCGAGUUCCUGGGCAGCAUGGGCCUCAUGCCCGGCGCGCAGCCGCGUCCCAUCUCCGACGCGCCUCACGGCGUCGUCGACACCGUGCUUGGCGGCGUCGGGCUGGGCAAGCGCGCCCACGCGAAGCGCCAGGCGCACGAGCUCUUUUACUCGCGCGCGCAGUUCGACGCGGGCGAGGUCGAGCGGCUCCGUGGCGCGUUCGCGGCGGAGGCAGAGAAGGAGCACCCGGGCGCGGAAGCGGAGGGGACGGUCGCGAAGGCGGCCGCGUUCGAGCUCGUGAAGGGCCUGCCCGGGUUCGAGGGCGUGAAGAUGAAGGACUACGAGUACGUGCUCGAAGAGGCGGGCUUCACCGCCCAGAAGGAGCUCGUGUUUGACGACUUCGUCGAGAUCUGCGCGGAGCUGCGGGAGUGCUGUUCGCGCCAUCGGUGA